AUGCCUGAGCCAGCGAAGUCCGCACCUAAGAAGGGGUCCAAGAAGGCCGUUACUAAAACCGCUGUAAAGGGCGGUAAGAAGCGCAAGAGGUCCAGGAAGGAGAGCUAUGCUAUCUACGUCUACAAGGUCCUGAAGCAGGUUCAUCCUGACACCGGGAUUUCCUCUAAGGCCAUGGGGAUCAUGAACUCUUUCGUCAAUGAUAUUUUCGAGCGUAUCGCCGGUGAGUCCUCUCGUCUCGCUCAUUACAACAAGCGCUCCACCAUCACAUCGAGAGAGAUCCAGACCGCCGUGCGUCUGCUGCUGCCCGGUGAACUCGCCAAACACGCCGUGUCUGAGGGAACAAAGGCCGUCACCAAGUACACCAGCUCCAAAUAA